UUAUCAUUUUGCAACUUUCAUUUAUUUAACUAAGUUUGCUUAUUACAAGCAUUUAUUCCGUGAAAUUCUAUUGAUGUGACGUUAUACUGGUUCUACCUAAAACAAGAUGAUGAAAACACCGAUAACUGUCCUGCAAGAGCUUAUGGUGAAGUUCUCGGAGUCUCCUGAGUAUGAGUGUGUUGCUCAGUCAGGGCCGCAGCACUUAGCCGUGUUCGAGUACCGCUGCGCGGCGCGCGGGCACGUGGUAUCCGCCACGGCGCGCAGCAAGAAGGAGGCCAAGCAGGAGGCCGCGCGGCUCAUGCUGGCGCGGCUCGCGGCCGCCGGGCUCAACGUGCCCGCGCCCUACACCGCGCCCUGCGCGCCCUGCCCGCCCGUCGCCGGGGAUGGCGAUGCAGUUGCCGCUGGCGGCGGCGCCAGGAGCUACAAAGCGCUCCUUAAGGAGCUGUGCCAAGAGUACAAGUUGCCGGGGCCCGAGUACACGCUGGAGGGCGACACGGGCCCGGCGCACGCGCGGCGCUUCACGGCGCGCGGGGCCGUGGGCGCGCACCAGCGCGUCGCCUCCGCCACCACGAAGAAGGCGGCGCAGCAGCUCGCCGCGCAGCAGCUGUACCAGUACUUGAGGGAAAACCUGGCCAGGCUCACUGAGGACUUUGUCGAGGAGGAGGCGCUGGCUCGGGCGCACGAGCGCGCCAUGGAGCGCUACGUGGAGGCGCGCGCCGACGCGCCGCACCGGCCCGACCUGGCGCAGCGCGUCGCCGACUACCACCUCGGUCUGUUGCUCCACCUCGAGGAAGAGAAAGUGAACCUGGGCGCGGACGCGCUCGAAGCCGCCUCGCCAGACGCGGAGCCCGAGACAGCGCUGCAGGCGGUCGCCGGGGCGCUGGGCCUGCGCGCCGAGUGGCACUCACUCCCGGCCGAGGGAGGCUCGCUGACGCUGGUGCGGCUGGCUCCGUCGUCGCCGCCGCUGGUGUUCUGCGCGCGCACCAGGGAAGCGGCGGCGGCCGAGGCGCUCGCUUACCUGCGCCUCACCAUGAAGUUCAGGGAUCAGAAGUGAACUUGUACCUGUACGACGCUC